UCUCAUUAUCCACAUUCUGUGGACUGUGGCCAUGCACGGCGCCCUCCUUUCUCUCGCCCUUUGUCCCUUUGUCGCACUCUUUCCAUUCUCUUCUCACCUCUUUCUCUCUUCACCCAAAAAACUCCAAUGGCCACCACAUCACCCUUCAACCUCACUUCACCAUUAGCCCCCGCAUUCCCCCGAAACUACUCUCUCACUCCCACCCACCUCCACCGCACCACAAUAAGCUACGCCCAACUCUCCACGCCUAAGCUAUGCGGUCGGAGAAAUACUGCAUGUAAGGCUACGGAGGUGUCGCUGGCGGAAGGUGAAUCGUCGGCCUCGGGCGGCGGGGGAGAGAACUGGGUGCCGGUGGUGCCGCUGGGGGCCCUGCCGAGGGGGGAGCGGCGCGUGAUUGUACAGGACGGGGAGACCAUACUACUGCUGUGGUAUAAGAACGAGGUGUUUGCGAUUGAGAACAGGUCUCCUGCCGAAGGAGCCUACACUGAAGGCUUGCUCAAUGCCAAGCUCACCAAGGAUGGCUGUAUAGUUUGUCCAACAACCGAUAGCACAUUUGAUCUCCAAACUGGAGCAGUCAAGGAAUGGUACCCAAAAAAUCCUGUGCUGAGAGUCCUAACUCCUUCUUUGAGGAAGCUUUUUGUUUAUCCUGUGAAAAUCGAUGAAGAAAAUAUUUACAUCAGCAUGAGAGGAGGGUUAAGGUCAGAUGCAUCUGCUGAGAUUGUCUUUAGCGGGAAGGCUCAACCUGGUCUAACCGCAUCUGAUGUCAAUGUGGAUGAGGUCAGAAUGGUGGUAGAUGAGGAUCUAGAGGGGUUCGGUUUUACUGGGAAGAACGAGAUUAUAAAUGGGAAGGCGGCUGUAAUCGGCUUCCUGCUGUUGUUGGAUUUUGAACUCUUGACUGGUAAAGGUCUUCUCAAGGGAACAGGCUUCUUGGACUUUCUUUAUGCUGCAUCAAAAGCUUUAAAGUAGAUAUAUCUUGCAUUGUUCUUUCAGGAGUCCAAGGAGUUUGUCUCUUGAGAAAAAGAAAAGAAAAGAAAGGACCUUGUAUUUUCUAGCAACCACAACCCACAAAUAAAAAAGAAAAAGAAAAAACUAAAUGAAAAAGAAGUCUGAUUCAUAGGAAGAUUUACGUGUUUAGUCACCACAUUUUGAUGUUGAGUGCCUUUGAUUGUUUACAUAUCUUUGUCUGUAAUUGUAUAUUCUCUGGAUAUCAGACCAUGUUGAUCCUUGUUCAAUGUCAUGCAUUGGAUAAUUUUAAUCAGCCUGUACACUUAGUACAAAAUCUUCAAAUUGAAGGGCAUUGCAAAUGCAUUCAAUAUAUAUUAGCAAA